AUGGCCCUCUUUACCAUAAGUGCGCCUGUCAACUAUGAUGAGCAGGAAGCCGCCUUUGUUGACUUUCUCAAGAAUUACAAGUCCAUGUCCACGGAUGCAGCCGACCAGCUAGAGAGUCUCAAUCUCAAUGGCCACGGCGACGACGAGUAUGACAUGGUCGACGACUCGGACGAUCCCGCGCCCAACGCAGCACAAUCGCGCAGCAAGUCCAAGCUCAAGUACAUGAACCAGCUACAAGAAGUAGCAAAUCGCGAGCGCGACGAGAUCCAGAUAGAUCUCAAUGAUCUAGAGUCGUACGAAAAGGCUACCUCAGACGAUGAGCACAACUAUCGGCUGAUCGAGUCAAUCGAGCGCAAUGCCCAUCACUACAUCGAAAUCUUCUCGCGCGCAGUCGACAAGUGCCUUCCCCAACCGACAAGGGAACUAAGCUUCAAGGACGAUGUCUUGGAUGUCAUCAUGACACAGCGUUCCAGGCGCAACGAGAGAAUGCAAGAACUACAGGGAAUCGAUGACAACACAGAGGCUGCGCCCGAAUCCAUGUUUCCCCCAGCCUUGACGCGGCGAUACACGCUCAACUUUAGGCCGAGGAUACCAUCUGGUGCCAGCAGUCAACGCAACACAAAGGCCCUCGCCGUUCGUAAUGUCCGUGGAGAGCACCUGGGUCGCCUCAUCACAGUCCGAGGUAUCGCAACAAGAGUCUCAGACGUCAAGCCCGCCGUACAGGUCAACGCUUAUUCCUGCGACCGCUGUGGUAGCGAGGUUUUCCAGCCUGUAACUACCAAGCAGUUUACUCCUCUAGUCGAAUGUCCCUCAGAUGACUGCAAGAGCAACAAGACAAAGGGUCAAUUGUUUCUCUCAACCCGCGCCUCCAAAUUUCUGCCAUUCCAAGAAGUCAAGAUCCAAGAGAUGGCUGAUCAGGUUCCCGUAGGCCAUAUUCCCCGCCAGCUCACCAUCCACUGCCAUGGUGCUCUGGUACGCCAGAUCAACCCCGGAGAUGUCAUCGACUGUGCUGGUAUCUUCCUCCCAACCCCUUACACUGGCUUCAAGGCAAUUCGCGCCGGCCUCCUUACCGACACCUAUCUUGAGGCACAGUAUGUCAUGCAGCACAAGAAAGCAUACGACGACAUGGUACUCGCACAGCCCACCCUGCGAAGGAUGAAUGAACUUGAGAGGACCGGUCAACUGUACGAAUACCUCUCACGAUCCAUUGCGCCCGAAAUCUUUGGCCAUGUCGACGUUAAGAAGGCCCUCCUUCUUCAACUCAUCGGUGGUGUCACAAAGGAGGUUGGCGACGGCAUGCGCAUUCGUGGUGAUAUCAAUGUCUGUUUGAUGGGAGACCCUGGUGUGGCCAAAUCUCAAUUGCUCAAAUACAUCACCAAGGUCGCGCCUCGUGGUGUUUAUACGACUGGUCGCGGUAGCAGUGGUGUCGGUCUUACCGCAGCUGUCAUGCGUGAUCCAGUCACAGACGAGAUGGUCCUUGAGGGAGGCGCCCUCGUUCUGGCGGACAAUGGCAUGUGCUGCAUUGACGAGUUUGACAAGAUGGACGACAGCGACCGGACAGCUAUUCACGAAGUCAUGGAACAGCAGACCAUCUCCAUCAGCAAGGCUGGAAUUACCACCACUUUGAACGCCCGCACGUCGAUUCUUGCCGCCGCUAACCCGCUCUACGGUCGUUACAACCCUCGCCUGUCGCCCAUCGAGAACAUCAACCUCCCUGCUGCGCUAUUGUCGCGUUUCGAUGUUCUCUUCCUCAUUCUUGAUACCCCAUCGCGAGACUCGGACGAAGAGCUCGCCCGCCACGUUACUCAUGUACACAUGCACAACGCUCACCCUGAAGCCCCUGGAGGCAUCAUCUUCAGCCCAGCUGAAGUACGUCAAUGGGUUGCUCGUGCGCGAUCAUACCGACCGACGGUGCCCAAAGAGGUCUCGGACUACAUGGUCGGUGCCUACGUACGCAUGCGACAGCAGCAGAAGCGCGACGAUGGAAACAAGAAGGCCUUCACCCACACCUCGCCACGUACACUGCUUGGCGUACUCCGUCUUGCACAGGCUCUCGCACGUUUACGGUUCGCCGACCAGGUCAUCUCAGAGGACGUGGACGAGGCUCUACGUCUUACUGAAGUCAGCAAAGCCAGCUUGUACGCGGAUGAGAACCGUAGAGACGAUCACACCCCGAACAGCAAGAUCUACCACCUCAUCAAAAGCAUGGAAGCAAGUGGUGCUGCUGCCGUUGGUGAUGGUACGCGAGGCGAACUGGACCUGCGCAGGGUCAGGGAGAGAGUCUUGGCCAAGGGUUUCACAGCAGACCAGUUCGAGUCUGCUAUUGACGAAUAUUCCAUGCUUGAUGUUUGGCAAACAACUGGCGAAGGCACGCGACUCGUCUUCAUUGAAGCCGGAGAAGACGAAGAUAUGGACGCUGACAACGACUUCUAA